AUGAUGACGUGCCGUCUGCUGUGCGCCCUGUUGGUGCUUGCUCUGUGCUGCUGCCCGUCCGUGUGCGUGACAGGAACUGGUGAAGAACUAAAUAAGGACAGCUCCAGUUUACCGACUCCUCGGCCACAGGAAGCAGGUGUUUCAGGAACCGAUGGGGCAGGGUCGCAAAGUGGGUCCAGUACUGGACAGAAAUCACGUGAAAAUUCCACAUCACAAGCAUCAGAUCCGGGAACCGAUGUGCCAGAAACUCCAGGUACCGAAGGUCCGGAGUCCAUUCCAAUACAGGAACAGCAACCAAGUGAGGCGACUGGUACGGUAUCGGCACAAAGUCAGAAGGAAAAUGCGCCAACAACAACAACCACGACUACGACAAAAGCACCAACUACCACCACCACUACGACUACGGAGGCGCCAACUACAACGACCACCCGCGCACCGUCACUUCUUCGCGAAAGCGACGGCAGCCUCAGCAGCUCUGCGUGGGUGUGUGCCCCGCUGCUGCUCGCCGUAUCCGCGCUGGCGUACACCACUCUGGGCUGA